AUGCCGACCAACCGAUCAGUUUGGCAAGACAAGCCCGGAGUCCCAGGUAUCAUCCCCAUCAACCCCUGUGAUGCCAUACUUCAAGACCAAUCUCUGCCGUUCAUCAAAUAUCCAAUUAUCUUAGGUCAGGACCUCGCCGGCACCGUCGAGGCGGUUGGAUCUACCGCCGCCUCGAAGUUCAAGGUGGGAGACCGUGUUUUUGCUUUCACCAUCAACAACGGCUUCCAGGAAUAUGUCCCCGUCGACUAUACCCUAGCUGCCCGGAUCCCAGACGGCUUAUCCUUCAGUGAAGCUUCUGUCUUCCCGCUCUGCAUUACCAGCGCCUCCUUUGGUCUCUUCGGAAAGGACUUCUUGGGGUUGCCUCACCCAAGUCUCAACGCCACCAGCACCGGCAAGUCUCUCCUGAUCUGGGGUGGUAGCUCAGCUGUUGGAAGCAAUGCCAUUCAGCUGGCCAAGGGCGCUGGCUUCGAGGUCUUCACUACUUGCUCCCCUCGUAGCUUCGAUUACGUGAAAGACCUCGGUGCUAGUAAGGUCUUCGACUAUAAUAGUCCCACUGUCACCGACGACAUUGUCGCCGAGCUCGAUAAGGGCGUAUGCGCUGGCAUCUACCUUGCCAUUGGAAGCGUAGCUAGUGCUUGCCAAGUUUCGUACAAGUCAAAGCAGAAACUGUUCGUUGCAUCUUCCAACCCAGUGCAGCCACGAGAUGUCCCAGAAGGCGUCGAUGCCAAAAUGGUAUUUGGAACUGGCGGUGUCGACAUGUUUAAGGAGACACUUCCCGUUACUUUCGGCGGAUAUCUCGUAGAGGCGUUAGGGAAAGGUGUCUACAAGGUCGCUCCACGGCCAGAAGUGGUUUCUAGAAAAGGCAUUGACGGUAUUCAGGACGCGAUGGAUAUCUUCAAGAAGGGUGUUUCGGCAAAGAAACUAGUUGUAGAGAUUGAAUAG